UGCGCUCGCAAAGUUUUAUUUUGCAAUCAAAAUGGCACCGACGGAGUCCAACUAGCCGCCUUUGGCUCUCGAAUUUUCAGAGACCAUCCACUAAGCAGGGCAACAGCGUCGUUAGAAAACAUCUAACGGUGCUUAGCAAAUAUCAUUCUGGAGUCUCAACUUUUGGCAGAGAAGGAAAACAAUUUGGAAUUCGAUAAAUCACCCCGACAAAAAAUUGAUACAAAGUCCGUCAUCACUCAGCAUUGUGCAACCUAUUCGUGUCAUAGAGAGACAACGUUACGACGCCCUGCAUUGCAUUGAUCAGAUUCGGAUUGGUAUUGCGUCAUCACCACUUAAUCAUUCAAGGAAUUGUGUAUUAUUUACACGUUUACAAUAUCAAGCAAGCACAUCUUACCGUCUUCAACACAAGCUUUGACGUUAGCUGGACUAGCGACUCAACUCCAAACACUACGCCGUCUACGGCUGGAUCUGUUUUCUUGGCCUUGCCCUUGAAUUUGUGAAGCUGAACUUGAUUUUGAAUAUUGGCAGGACCAAUUCAGUGUGUGUGUGUGUUUUUAAUAAAAAUUUAGAGGAUCUGGACCUCUUCAUCAAAUGAUUGUAUUUCCAUUUUCCAGUGCAGCUGAAUAAGAUAUUUGGCAGUUGCCAAUAUUUUGCUAUCUAUUUCACUUAAAUAAUAUCGGAGACUUAAAUCUCAGGGACAGGGUUGUUGAAAAUGAGCAUCUAACUCUAUCUAGUUUAUCUAACUAACUUUUAGAUGUUCUCUGACACUAUCGUUUAUAACAGUGAGUGAGAUAGAUCUUUCCUAAGUGCUGCGGAUUUUAUAUUAAGCAGCAUCAUUCAUCGGUGUGUUAAGAAGCCAGGACACAACUACUGAGACAGAUACACAGCCAAAAGUAUACUGGAACAAACCUGUGCACUAUUGAAGUGUAUUUUGCUUUUAACCAUAGUAGAAAUAAACUACUACUAACCAAAAGAGUAGGCUAAAGUUCUAGUUCAGCACUGUUGGUGUAAAAGACAACUAGCAAAAUUUAAUUUCUCUUUUUUGGUCAGAGGUUUAAUUUGCUGAGGUUGAAUCGGGUCAGAGAGGAAUCAGAAAUAAAUUGUCACUUGAUGAACAAUUUUGCGUCUGCCCCUAUUCCGAUCCAUCAUGGUCGGGGUAAAUUUCAAAUAUUUCAGGACGUUUCUUCCGAAUCAACUGGUGGACAAUUGAGUCCUCAGCCACAACUUUCCCCGAGUCCGCCAAGUUUUGUCUCCAGUGAGGAUCAUGUAGUCUCGAGAAUUGGAAAUUAUGUUCUCCUGGAGGAAGUAGCUCCGAAAGUAAACAAGUGUAUUGAUACUUUAAAUAACAAAGAAUGCAUUUGUAAGGUAGUGGAUGUGGAUAAAUACCGGGAGGCAUUUGCUGUACACUUUCACUUGGGCUAUCAUCCCCAUAUUAACCAUGUUGAAGAGGUGUUGCAUGGCCACAGUCAGGCAUAUGUCAUCUUGCCCAUCACCCAUGGAGACAUGCACUCCUAUGUCAGGCGGAAGCGCAAGCUACGAGAGCGGGAGGCUGCCUCCCUCUUUCAUCAGAUGGUGCAAGCCGUUGCACACUGCCAUGCCCAUGGCGUCAUCCUGCGGGACCUGAAGCUGCGCAAGUUUGUCUUCAAGAAAGAAGAAAGAACUGAUAUCGUUCUUGAUGGGAUUGAAGAAGGCCGGAUGCUAUCUACACCAAGCGACGAUAAUUUGAAUGACAAACACGGUUGUCCUGCCUACGUUAGUCCAGAAAUACUUCUCACCAAUGGUAGCUACUCUGGUAAAGCUGCGGACAUGUGGAGCCUGGGCGUCAUUCUCUACACCAUGUUGGUGGGGCGUUACCCAUUCCAUGAUUCCGAUCCCGUCUCUCUCUUUACCAAAAUCCGUCUCGGACAGUACAAUGUUCCAGAUUCCCUCUCCACCCAGGCUAAGUCCAUGAUUUACAGCCUGAUGCGGGUGAGUCCUAGUGAGAGACUUACAGCCGAGGAAGUCCUUGAGCAUCCCUGGUUUCGAACCACUAGUCAGAAGUCAUCAAGGAAAUCGGAACCUAAGAUGGUGGAUCAACUUGUUCCAGAUUUUUUUUCAACAGAUGAUGAUCUGACAUAGUAUUUGAUUUGUUAUUCAUCUCACCGUUUCAGUUCUUAUAAAUUUGAUUGUACAAUAGUGGGAUAUGAUUUCUCCCCCCCCUCUUCCUUUCCCAUUUCUUUUCUUGAUGUAAUAUUAACAAGUCUAAAUGUCUUAAUAUAACCAAAUAUGGCCCGACUGGUAGUCGUUCAAUUAGGAUUUAUUAGUCAUGUGAUUUUAUUAUGUCAGAGAGUUGAUUUACCUAUUUAGUUAAUUGUGCAUCAGAAUAUGUUAGGCUAUAAAUUGAUAUAGCCAAUCACAAAACAUUUUCUACUUUAGGGUUAUUACUCUUGAUUGAUUUCUGUAGACCUAAAGUUAAAUGAAUGAUAUGUACCCACAAUCCAUUCAGACCUAUUUUGCCAAGAUCAUUCUGACUAGGGUCCUGUGUGCCCCCCCCCCAUCAGCUGAUCGUCUGUACCAUUUGUUUUGUAGCAUUUUGAUAUGCAUUCAUAAAAUUUGUAAGAUACAUGUAUGCAAGAAGAAAAAAAGUAAUUAUCCUGACUGACAGGAUGUUAUAAUAUUUUCUUAUAUGAUUCACAUCAUUGAACCUUUACCAAAGAUUUCAAGACAAACAUGAAAUAUGAAUUUUCAGUCAUAAUACAGUUUAAAUCAAAAGCUUCAGUCACGAUUGGUUGUUCCAGUGAACUACAUUGGCUAGACUAUGUAAAACUGUCAGAAAUUGUUUAAUGAAUCCCCACAAAAGAUGGUUAUUCCUGUCUAAAGACUGUAUUGGUGGAGAAACCACUUCAUGGCAAAAGAUCAACUCAAUUCCGGCAAAAUAUUUCAGGAAUUAUUUGGCUUAGAUAUGUAAACUCCUGGAGAAGGUUCAUGAAAGGACCUAUUGGAUAAAACUAUGCUACAAUGUGUUUUCUAUUCACCAUUUACCAAAGGAACUGUGUUUCUUAGCCAAUCAAGGCCUGUAUGUUGUCAGGAUCUGACAGCCUGCCUUUAUUUUGACUUGCUGAGAAGCAAUGUUACUAUGGUAACUGUCAGGUAAAAUGGAAUAUAUGUCAGAUAAAUCAUCCGACAUGUCCUUUCAUGAAACACUCCAAUGAUUUACACUAUCAACGUAUAAAAAGAAAUAUACAUUACAGCCUCCAGUGGUAUAUUAAAUUCAAAUUCCGUGCUUGGGUUGCAGUUUUAUCUACAAGCAGCGUACAUGUACUGAGUUGUCCUGAGUAUCUUUAAAAAAAAAAUUUUCUUGAUGGUGAGGCUUUGAGGGGUGAUCCGUAAUUAAUGGCUUUGGUGCAUUUUGAUAAAAAAACAAAGUGGAAUAAUUUACAGAAAGCAUUGUAAAAUAAAGUGUACUGUUGAAGCUUUUGAUUGAUCAGAAAGAAGAACUUGUUCACAAUCAUGGAGUAUCCGUGUUCCAUAUUCUUUGUCAGGCAACAAUAGGCAUAGAGAUAAGUUAUUUCAGAUAUGUGUCGGCACAUGCACAAGAGGUGUGUAGAGGAUGGUCAGUAGAAUGCAUCAAACAAGUUUGUAAU